UGCGCACCGUAGAAAACCGAUCGCGUUUUCUUUUUGGGUUUUUAUUUAUCUCUGGGAUAGCAUGACGCAAGGCGUGACACACCUCUGGACCCUUGCAUUAUUUUGGAUAUAGACCGUGGGGAAGUUUCCGUGGUGUCAUAGAGAAAACGCUUCACAUACAGCUAUAACCCUCUGAAGUAAAAGGACCUCUGCAACUUACGUUACUUGGCGUGCUUUCUGUCCUGGGCUACGGCAUGGAGAAAGCCAAACAGGAUGCCUUCGAUAACGCACGGCUCCAGGUGAUCAAGGACGGCUACGAGAGGGCCUUCGACUGCCUCCACAAGGCCCUGACCGAGGACGAGGCCGGGCAUCGGGGCCGGGCCCUGGAGCUGUACCAGCAGGGCCGGCAGCACUUGCUGAGGGCCACCAGCGUGCCGUCGCAGGGGGGCGAGUGUGUGGGCAGCUCCUGGGACGCGGCCAGGCAGAUGCAGGAGAAGAUGAGGGAGACCCUGAACAACAUCACCACCCGACUGGCCAUCCUCGAGACCAGGGACGAAGGCGCCGACGCCGACGGAGGACCGGGACCCGGCGUCGCCGCGGGCCCCCAGGGUCUCUACCCUAAGCUCUCCACCGACGAGAAGCCGGGGAAACCGAAGAGGCCGGUCUCGCCGCUGAGGCCCAGCCGCGGCCCCGGAGUGACGCCCGUCCCCCCCGCCCCCCUGCGACCGGCCGGGACCUCCCCCGCUGAGAACCCCCCCGCCUACUCCCCCCAGGCCGCCGACGGACACCUCUCCAUCUCCUACGGGACGGAGAGCGGGGAGCACUCCCUGGUGGGCCAGGAGUUCUACUCGCAGAAGUCCAACUCCGCCGCCGCCGCCUCCUCCUCCUCCUCGUCCCCCACCUCCUCCUUCUCAGCCCCCUCUCAGAGCCUCGGCGAGGAGGCGGAGGAGUUGCUCUUCCUGCCCCACGGCGUGCAGUUGUUCUUCGUGACGCCCGACGGCCAGGUCAGCGCGCCCUCAUACCCGGGCGUCCUGCGCCUGGUGCGCUUCACCGGCGAGCGGCCGCGAGGAGCCCCCAGCAGGCCGCCGGCGUUCCUGCAGGUGUGUGACUGGCUCUACCCCCUGAUGGCCUCAGAGACCCCGGCCCUGCUGUGCAACACGGGGGUCUACAUGUUCCCUGACAUGAUGGCGGCGGCGCCCGGGUCCUACGUGGGCGUGGUCCUGUCCGCGGAGCUUCCCGCCGCCGACCGGGAGCUGUUCCAGGACCUGCUGGCCCAGAUGACGGACCUCAGAGUUCAGCCCCCAGACGAGGCGGCCGACUCCAUCAACCUCAGCCAGAAGGUGCCUCUGGCCCCCCAGCAGGGGGCGACCUCCGCCCUGGUCCCUGCCCGGCCACGGCAGGCCGCGACGGGGGAGGAGGACCCCGAGGAGAACGACGGUCUGCCCGAGUGGAGCGAGCGCGUGGCCAGUGGCAUCCUCACAGGGGCGUCGUGGCUGAGCUGGGGCCUGGUGAAGGGAGCGGAGUACACCAACAUAGCCAUCCAGAAGGGGGCGUCCAAACUGCGGGAGCACAUCACGCCGGAGGACACCCCCACGCAGGUCAGCCCGUCGGUCGCCAAGAGCCUGCAGGUCGCCAAGCAGGCCACCGGGGGCGCCGUCCGCGUCAGCCAGUUCCUGGUGGACGGCGUUGUCACCGUGGCGGGCUGCGUCGGGCGGGAAAUGGCGCCUCAUGUGAAAAAGCACGGGGGUAAACUGAUCCCGGAGUCCAUGAAGAAGGACAAAGAUGGCCGCUCCAACAUCGAAGGGGCCAUGGUGGUGGCAGCCAGCGGAGUACAAGGGUUUGCCACCAUGUGGACCGGCUUGGAAUGCGCAGCAAAGAACAUCACCACGAAUGUCGCCUCAGAAACGGUCACCACCGUGAAACACAAGUAUGGCUCAGCGGCUGGCCAGGCCACCGACCUCGCCAUGAACUCCGCCAUCAACGUGGGCGUGACGGCCUUCAACAUCGACAACCUCGGCAUCAAGGCCGUGGUGAAAAGAACUGGCAAGCAGACGGCAGCGGCCCUGCUGGAAGACUACAAGCUCCAGGAUGCACCGGGGCAAGAGAAACAAAUGGAGAAGUUUAAGAAAUAACUUUACCGGGCUCACUUCAACGCAGAACUGCCUUAACACAUAUCCUUUCCAUAUCGAUUCUAACCAAAAAACUGAAAUCUAUAUUUAAAGAGCUUUAUUUACGACCAAUGUUUAUGUUUAAGUAUAUACUCUUUAGUUUUAGAAUUGACUGGUUCUGAGCACUUUACCCUUUAACAGUUUGGUUUGAUGGUGAGAAAUGCAGUGUAAUAAUUAAAUGUCCCCUGUUUCCAGGGGACCUCUGUGUCGUAAUGGAUAUAUAAUAAUAUAUUCAAUAAUAAUGUGAAAUAAUGGUUGGAGCUGUACGAUGCAUAAUAUUUUUCCAAAGAUGUUCAGGAAGGCUUCGAUGGUAUGUUAGAAUCCUAAAACGCCUGGUCUUUGAUCGAGUCUGCCUCAUCCCUUCGAAAGAUGACGUUGGCAGAUUUUCAUUGAGACUGCUUUUAUAUCUGCUUUGAAAAAACAAAAACCAAACAAUAAUACCAAUUGCGACAGAAGGGCCAGAUUCACGGUUCAAUCCCACUCUACUGCCAGCUUUACCCUUUUCGAAACAAAACUAUGCUACCUACUGUGCCUGUAACUACCGUUAAGUUAAUUUGCGAUGAAACUUAAGUUUGGUCGAGUUUUUUUAACAGUUUAUCGAUCUAUUGUAUUGUAACAGAAAUCGACCACGCUGCUAUAGUCAACACUAACUGGAAGAGUGUAGUACCACUGUGUUUCCAAAGCUGUCUGAUUGUAUGAAGUUACAAAGUCAUUUGUUAAGUAAAAGUCAAAUAAUUGGUGUGUGGCUUGAAUAUGCCCCAUUUCUAACACGACAAGCAGCGAAGACAGGAUCGCUGUUCCUGGGUGAUAUCUGAUCAUUCUUAAGUUCAUGCUUGUGAACAUUGGUAACAAUUAUAAAUGUAACUAGCAAAGAAAUGCACCACCAUCAUUUCUUACUAACAACGUGUGAAAUAAAGUUUCAGUGUUAAAUGUGAUUGUA